AUGACCUAUAGCGACAAUGCAUCAACAGUGACAUGGUUUACUCUUUCUGGGUUUGAUGAGAUGAUGGGACAAAGAGCCACAUUCUUCUCUCUUACUUUACUGUGUUACUGUGUGAUUAUACUAGUAAAUGUUGCUCUCAUUUUGACGAUAGUCCUGGAUGAAAACCUCCAUGAGCCCAUGUACAUCUUCCUGUGUAACUUGUGCAUCAGUGGCCUGUUUGGCACAACAGGAUUUUACCCCAAGUUUCUUCUGGAUCUACUGUCUGAUAUGCAGGUUAUCUCUCAUGCAGGAUGUCUAACUCAGUCUUUCGUUAUAUACUGUUCAGCCUGUGCAGAUGUUGUUAUUCUAGCAGUGAUGGCUUACGACAGGUAUGUGGCCUGUAGACCACUGGAGUAUCACUCUGUUAUGACUAAACAGAGGGUCACUGUGUUAGUCUAUUAUCCAUGGCUCUCUAUAUUCUGUUUAUUCUCUGUUGCUAUAGUAAUAACUAGUAAACUGAGGUUGUGUGGAUCACAUAUAGAGAAGCUCUACUGUGCAAACUGGCUUAUUGUUAAACUAUCUUGCUCUUCAAUUACAGCAAACAAUAUUAUAGGGUAUAUUGGCAUUCUGUUCUAUGUGGUACAUAUACUAUUAAUUAUAUGUUCAUAUGCUUAUCUGAUCAGGUCAUGUUUAAAGUCUAUUGAGAAAAGGGGGAAAUUUAUGCAGACCUGCAUGCCACAUUUACUGUCCUUAAUUAAUGUAGCAGUUGCUCUGUUGUUUGAGCUCAUGUACAGUAGAUUUGGAUCAUCAGAUUUGUCACAAAGCUUUCAGAAUUUCAUGGCUGUUCAAUUUUUAAUAUUCCCUCCAAUUCUAAAUCCUCUUAUUUAUGGUCUGCAACUGACACAGAUUCGUAUUCGAAUGCUGAGUUUUUGUAUAAAAUCUGGAAAAAAUAACAUUCUAAAAUGA